CUUUGCUGCAAAAUGGCAAGUUUUUCUGCAAUGCCCCUUAACCUAUGCCACGAUGUGCUGCUGCAAACAAACAGCGAAGUCCGGGACUGGGCCAGCCUUCCGGCUGAUCUCUUGUACCGGGUGUCUAGGUUGCUAGAUGAUCGGACAGAGCUUCCGUGUCUUCUCCGCGUUUGCUCCUCCUGGCACCAUUCCCUGAAAGCAACGCUUACUGAACUGCGUAUCCAUAACGUUGGAGCUCCUGCGCUUGGAAGCAACUUCACUUCUGUACGCAGAAUAGAUGCCUCCAUUUUGCGAAGCACCCUGCUGGGAUUCCGGCACCUUGCUCCAGUCCGGAACCUCGCAGCGCUCGGGACGCAGUUCCCAAGCCUUGUUAGCCUGAAUGUGGCGGGCCAGCAGCUGGGACAGCAUGGCCUUCAAGUACUACUUCCUUUGGCUGGGCGCCUGCAGCAUCUUGAUGCCUCAAGAUGUGACAUGAGCAUUGCAGACAUGUCGGCCCUUGCCAGCCUGACGCACCUGACGUCCCUUGCCUUCAAUGCUGUUAAAGCUGUUAAGGAGCAGUCGGUGACCGGAUCGGCCUCGAAUCGGCCGGAGAUUGCGCUUGCGGCAGAACUGGCAACCAUUUUGCCGCGGCUGUCGCAGCUUCGUCGCUUGGAGCUUUGCUUGAAACGGUAUCCAACGCGGCCGAGCGCAAUAAACGUGUUCGCAGCAGCUCAACAGCCGCAUUCGCUUCAAGAUCGACGGGCGCCUUGCGGCCUGCCGAUGUACGGGAUGGCAGGCUGCCUGGCCUCGCUGCCUGACCUGAACUGCCUCCUCCUCCGCAACCAGCCCCUGCACCCCUCCGACACCUCCGCCCUCGCCUCCCUCUCCGCCCUCACCGAACUGGCGCUGCUCUGGCAGCCGCCCUCCCCCUCCCCCACCGCUGCCACCACCGCCCUGCCUCCCCCCGCGCCCCUCACCGCGGCGCUGUGGGCCCAGCUGGUCAACGGCCCGCUGCGGCACUCCCUGCUCGCCCUGGACGUAGACUUUGGAGACGCGACGUCAGCAGCAGCAGGCGGUGGUGGUGGUGGUUUCGGAGCAGGCGGUGGUGAGCAGCGCGUGUGGGAGCGGCUGAGUGUGGCCCCGCUGGUGCGGCUGCGGGCGCUGCGGCUGCGGCGGUGCGUCAGUCCGCUGCUGCUGCUGAGCAUCAUGGGAGCGGGAGCACCCGCAACAGCAGGCGGG